CUGUGCUCCUGAGAGGGCCUGUGGUUUCUAUGGUGACCAUUCUAUCAUUAGAGCCACCAUGCAGAAAACUGGGACUGAUGGCCAAAGGCCUCUCUACUCCUGUCACCAUGGUGACCACUCUGUCACCCUGUCACUGCAGUGACUGCCAGCCUGGUAGACAUUACCACCUGCUCAGUUCCCAGGUCAGUGCCUUAGUGCCUGUUACACUUACUAAGGAGCAGAGCCCUCUACGCCUGAGAACCAAAAGAACGGGAAAAUCGUCUUUGCCUUCCAGCCUGGCCUUUGCACUGGAGAGGGCUAGGAAGCUUCUUGUGACAAAGAAGCUUUCCCUUUCUUUCUCUUUGUCCUGGUCUGAAACCAGAACUAAUGGUGGACAGGAACCACGCUGGCUCCACACUGCAUGGGACUGUGCGCGUCUCUAUUGCUAUCCCUGGAAGCCUCAGUCCAGGGCAUCUGUUGGUGGAAUUAAGUAUUUUUGUUUUGUUAAAGAUUUAUUUACUUAUUUUAUGUAUCUGAGUACACUAGAGGGCAUCAGAUCCCAUUACAGAUGGUUGUGAGCCACCAUGUGGUUGCUGGGAUUUGAACUCAGGACCUCUGGAAGAGCAGUCAGUGCUCUUAACCACUGAGCCAUCUCUCCAGCCCCGCCCCCCACCAGUGUUUCUUCUUUUAAAAGUACUUAUUAGCAUAUGUAAUCCGUGUACAAAAGAAUGCGUUUUAUAAUGGCAAGUUCAUUUAAAUAUAUCAUCUAUUUUGUCUAUGAAAACAUACACACACACACACACACACACACACACACACAUAUUACCACGUUACCACAAUCUGUUUAGUAAGGUUAGUAUUACUUUUUGAAUAUGAUUUCAGGGGUGACCACUUGGUAUUGAACAACCAAUUAAGGGGCUCAUAAAAGGGAGACGCAAUGUCUCCUGCUCCCCAAACUCCUUAGCUGUCUGUAGUUCCUUGUUUAUGUUCAAGGCCCUAUGAGGCUCCUCCUUCCAUGUCUACUGGUGCUGUUCACACUCCGGUCUUGCUCAGGCAGCCAUCUCGUUGCAUUCUUGUGGAUGGAUCUUGCCCGUCAUUUCUGAGACAUGCAACCUCACAGAUCUCCCCUCAAACGUUCCAAAGCUCCUACUUAGCAAACGCUCCGGUCCUUCUGCGACUAUGUCUGGAGUGUGUGGCAUUCGGACGGCACCCAGCAUAUCCUGGCUUGUCUUCUGAUGCUUCUCACUCUCUCUCACAAAUCCUAGGGCCGACUUUUGUGCAGCGUGAGGCGGGAGCCCUCUGGUUGGCGAGUGUUGGUAUGGCGAGGUCUGUUCUGGGUCAGCAGGAGAGGCUUUUUGACUAGUUCAGGGUUGAGCCAGCUGGACCAUGAGGACCACUGGCACCCAGAGCCCUGGGACAGUUUCCUUGUGAGGACUUCUGCUCUGUGACUGUUGCUGUGGCGCUGCCGAGCUUGGCUUGGUGUGCCCAGCUCUGAGGGCAAACCUCAUUUUCUUGCCUCUCCUCUGUAUGCUCCUGUUCUCAGGUGGGACCUUCACACACUGAGGCUGAGGGGAGUCCACAUGGGCUGUGGAGCAGGAGGAACGCCUGCAGGCUCUCCUGCCUGCUUCUCUGUUUUCUCCGAAGCCUCCCUUCUGAACUUCCUGUGUAGCGCUGACCCGCAACCAUCAAGUACCGUGGAUGGGAUAAGUGAACUGCCUAAGUGACCAGGUAUUCCCAUUUCAAGUGGCUGGCAUCUGUCCAGUACAGCUCGUCCUCAGCCGGGAAAGGCUGACUCGACAAUUAUAGCUUCAGGAAAACCCCAUGCAGGGAAGGCAGUCUGAAAAAUACCUGUUUCGCUAAUUCCAAAAGCUCCUACAUGUUCUGACGUAGCCAAUGGCAGACAUAAAAUCAGUGGCAGACCAGGUCUAUCUUUCCUGCUGCCUAGACAUUUCGGGGGAAACUGGAACAUCCCAGCGAAGGGGAGACUUGCUUAGUACGAACGAGGCCCUUUCAAUGCAGUCUUGAUUUAUUAGGGUCCCUGCUGUGUAGCUGGGAUAAACACCUCUCGUGAGGGGGCAAAGCUUCGGAGACAGGUAGGUGUUUGCUGAAUCCAUUGGGCAAAUCCAUAGGACCUGGGUCUUUGGUCAUGGACACUCUUAUUACAAAUAAUGUUUUCGAAGAGGCUUUUUAAGAAUUAGGAUCUGGAGAGAUGUCUUGGCGGUUAAGAGCGCUAGCUAGCUGUUCUCACAGAGAUUCCAGGUUUGGAUCCCAACACCUGCACGGCAGCUAAUAACUAUGUGUAACUCUGAUUCCAGGAAAUCUAAGAAUCUGACACCCUCUAGGGGUUGGGGAUUUAGCUCAGCGGUAGAGCGCUUGCCUAGCAAGCGCAAGGCCCUGGGUUCGGUCCCCAGCUCUGAAAAAAAGAAAAAAACAAGAAUCUGACACCCUCUGCUAGCCUCCAUGGGUACAGCAUAGAACACCACUCAAACACAUAAAAAAAAAAAAACCCUUAACACUUUUAUUAUAAAUAUAUAUUAUCUAUAAUAUUAUUUUUGUGUGUUAGUGUACAUGCAUGCACAUGAAUGAGUGUGCAGGGGGCUGGCAUGGAUGCUAUUGUGUGCAUGUGUGCAUGGGGGACUUGGUUCUCUCCUUCCACCACUGGGUCCUGAGGAUCAAACUCAGGCCGUCAGGCUUAGCAGUAGACACCUUAACUCACUGAGCCGCCUCUCCUGCUCUGCAAAAGGACUUUCCUUUGAUGUCUCAGGACUCAGGGGGACAGAACACAAGAGCGCCAUCAUCCCACACCAGUGAUGCCAUAUUUUCCUUUUCAAUGACGGAUCCUUGUAGAUUUUUCUCUCUCCACAUUUUCAGGUUUCUUGAGCCACUACAAGGAUAGAAAUUUCUGGACACCCUUCAUCUGCACCCCUUAAAUCUUCUUUACUGUAUUUGCUCUGCCUUUGGCCUUGUGACGAUAGCCUUGGUUGUGAACCUGACCACACCUGGAAUCAACUAAAAACGCUAGCUGCUGGGCAGUCCUGUGAGGGCUUUUCUUGAGCAGAUUAAAUGGAGUAGGAAGACCCACCUUAACUCUGGGCAGCACCUCCUGGUGGUCAUCCACAUAGAAGCAUGUGGAAGAAGGAAGCUUUACCUGUUGCUUGCUUGCUUUUGCUCUCCCUGGCUAGUUCUACCCGGUCACCAUAGCAUUCUUACACCUAAACCAACAUAGGGAUUCAAAUGUAGGCUGAAGACCAAUUUCUCCAAAAAUCCUCAGACUUUCAGCACCAGAUUAAGUUGGAGGAGACAGCCCAGUCUUGUGGUCUAUGCUUCUCCAGUGUGAGACAGCCAUUGUUAGACUACUUAUACAGACAGCAUCCUGAAGCCAAACUGGUAAACCCUCUCUUAAUACAUGUCCUAUCAAUCCCAUUCCUUUAGAGAACCCUAAUAUAGGUUAUAAUAUGGUCAUAUAGUACAUGUAUAGACACAUGAAUAUAUACAGCUCAGUAUACAUAUAUGUAGAUAUACCUACAUGUAGGUAUAUAUGCAUAUGAACUCUUCAAGAGUAAGUUGUAUAUACAAUGUUCAUCUAUUUCUACUCAUAAAACCAGAGAUUUUCUUGUAAGGUAGUGACUGAAAGGUGGAAAUAAAAAUACAGUGCUAUUAUCUAAUCUAUAGACCUUGCUCAGAUCUUAGCCUCCGGUUAAAGCUCUGCUUCUAACAGUCUGGAGGGCACCUUCAAUCUAUCACGAGGCUUUUCUCUUCCUUCCUUCUUUUCUUUCUUCCUUUCUUUGUCAUUGAACAUAAUGAUGCAAAUAACCAUCGUCGUCGUUGUUAAACAUCUGCAAUGAGCAGGACUUGGGAUGUGAUACUUUAUCGGUUUUUUUUUUUUUUUUUUUUUUUUUGCAACAUGUCUACGAAAAGGAUAUUUUUUCGAGUUUAACAGAUAUGGAGCGGGGGUCCUCACUUGUGGUGUGGAAGUAUUGAGGCUGAAUUCAAGCUGGACAACAGCUGGGGAAACGGAGGGGAAGACAGUGUCAUUCGCAAUAGAUUAACAAGCUUGGCUUGGGGAGUUCGCAUAUCUCUAGAUGAAGCUUUAAAGCCAGAGAAGAGCGGGAAGAAGUGCCAAGAAUAGCUGUAAGGGAGUUGGAUAAGCCCAAGGUCUGCCUCUUGCUUCCACUUUUCUUAAUCCAAUUCUUUUUCUGCAAGGUCACUGUCCUGGUCAUUUUGUACAACUUUGGAUAAAGAGACUUUCUUCAGAAAUGGUUCUCAUCUGCCGCCUGUGGAGCCACAAUGUCGGUGCAGGUGAAUGGGGCUGGGUGAGACAGCCUCUGGCUACCUGGCUUGUCGAACAAGUGUGUCUAUGUCAGGGGUUGCUGAACCUGGCCACAGCCAGUGACGUUUUUUAUUUUUAUUAUUGCAACGGAAAGGAUGGAGGACAUUUCUUUUAGUCGUCUGUACUUGGGAUACCCAGGGAAGAGGGUUGGUUAGCCUGGUGCUGUUACAUACAGGAUGUAAUAAAAGAAGUAGAGCGUAGGGACAGGUACGAGUUGCUAUUCUAGUCGGAUGGAGAAGGAAGAGUGAGGGUACCGCACGGCACUGCCCACCGCCAGUCAGGGUCCGCGCGACAGCCCGGAAGAGAGCGUGUGCCAAGGCACUGCCACGCAGGCGGAGACCGAGCCUUCUGGCGCCGACUCAGCCUGACGCGGGUGCGUCCCGCCGCUUAGAUACACGCACGCGCACGCGCACGCGCGUACCCUGCCUUCCGUCCUCCAGUGCGCGUCUGAAGCACCCAGCGACUGGAACCGGAAGUGGGCCCUAAGCUAGGAGGAAGAAGCCGGCCCGGCCCCGUCAGCAGCCGGCCGCGGCUGUUCUGAGGAACUGCGGCCGCGCUCCCGUGAGCGGGUCUGGGGUCCAGCGGGCAGCCCGAAGGUGCGGCGCCAUGAAGCUGUACAGCCUUAGUGUCUUUUACAAAGGCGAACCAAAAGCGGUGCUUCUCAAAGCCGCGUACGAUGUGUCUUCCUUCAGUUUCUUCCAGAGGUCCAGUGUUCAGGAAUUCAUGACCUUUACAAGUCAACUGAUUGUGGAACGAUCGGCGAAAGGCAGCAGAGCUUCUGUUAAAGAACAAGAGUACCUUUGCCAUGUCUACGUCCGGAGUGACAGUCUGGCAGGUGUGGUCAUUGCUGACAGCGAAUACCCUUCCAGAGUGGCCUUUACCUUGCUGGAGAAGGUACUAGAUGAAUUCUCCAAGCAGGUCGAUAGAAUAGACUGGCCAGUAGGAUCCCCUGCUACAAUCCAUUACACAGCCCUAGAUGGCCACCUUAGUAGAUACCAGAACCCCCGGGAGGCUGAUCCCAUGAGUAAAGUGCAGGCCGAACUGGAUGAGACCAAAAUCAUUCUGCACAACACCAUGGAGUCUUUGUUAGAGCGAGGCGAGAAGCUUGAUGACUUGGUAUCCAAAUCAGAAGUCCUGGGAACACAGUCGAAAGCCUUCUAUAAAACUGUGAGUAGCCCUGCUGCCCUCCUGGCAGCCCCCCCACAAAGCUGUUGCAGCUUGUCUCUCCAGCACUCUUGAUUAGAUCAGAUUUGGGUACCACUCCCGGGAGCCUAAAGCAAGUGCUUCAGCCUCAGUGAUGAGCAGCGUACACUCAGGCACUCCGCUGCAUGACUGAGGCUGGUUUCAGACCUACCACCCACUUCCCAUAUUGGUUCCAGCUUUGGUCACCAGGGUUUUCCUGAUUCCUCUGCUGAGAGAACAGUUGGUCUUAAGGAAGAUACCAGCAGUUCACAUCUCCGAGGUGGUUCUUGGUUCUCUAAUACGUCUCCUUCCAUUGGCAGGGUCCUCCUGCUGUCUGCCUGCCUCUCUCCAGGCAUUACUUCAGUUUCCAGUUGUGAACAUUUCUGUUGCUUUGUCUAAUGUAGUUGGGUAUUUUGCCUCGUGUAUGUAUGUGCACCACAUUAAUACCUACCGCCCACAGAGGCUAGAAAAGGACAUAGAAUCCCGGAAACCGGACUUGUAAGUGGUUGUGAGCUGCCACAUGGGUGCUGGGUUUUGAACCCUGGUCCUUUGGAGGAAUAACCGGUGCUUUUAACUGCUGAACCGUCUCCUCAGCUCCAACAUUGUGUUCUUGGCCCACUGUGGGACAGUAGUAGUGCUGUCUGCCUAUGCGUAUUCAUGUUGAGCUGCCGUAUUGGAGGAAGAUGACCAGGCAGGGUUAGAAGGGUGGCCUUUGACCACAAAGCAAGAAUGGGCACAGUAGCAGCCCCUGCAAACAUGAGCAGGAACCAUGCAGCUUCUCUAGAAGACUGCCAGGCGGUCCGAUAGCACUGCUGAAGUACUCAGCCAGUCCUGACUCCAUAUUGCUUCCUUCCCUUUUACAUGGUCUGAUUGUAGGAACUGUAUUAAUGUAUUGGGAAUAUUAGUGGGUUGUGACAAAACCCUGAGGAGCCCAGCCUGGCAGAUGAAGCUGUGUCAGGCCAUGUGAGCAGCUCCCUUUGAAGCCCCAGGGCCUUCCCUUGGUUUGGUUUUGCUUUCUCUCUCUGAUUGCUCCUCGGCACUCUUCAGCCUCUCCUUUUUUUUCUUUCAAGGCCCGGAAACAAAACUCAUGCUGUGCAAUCAUGUGACAUAGCCCACAGAGGCAGGCGCUGGAUCGUCACGUCACUUCAACCCCUGGAGACAAGCAACAUCCUAGAAGAGGAUCUGGAGCCAGGCAGACUGUCUACUUUUAUUUGACGUUCCCAAGAGGAAUGGAGGAACGAUUUAGGGGGGACAUCGACGUUCAUGUGUGUGGUUGUGACUAUGGGAAAAAAUUUGAGCUCAAAGAUGUAAUGUUGGGAAAAUGAAACCAUAAACUUUUAAGUGGCUCUUAUAGGUGCUGAAGGACUUAUUCUCAGCUAACCCUGGAAGGCUCUAUGGGAGGGAAUCUUUUUCCUGAUCCUUGGUAUGACUUAGGAUUUCAUUUGUGCAUUAACAAUAUUAACUGUCCGGUGAAUGGGGUGGGGGGAGGGGCCCGGGUGAUAGGGCAGGGUUUGAACACUCCAACAUUCUACUGCCUUGCACUGUGGGGGCUGGGAGAAGUCACCAUGGCCGGUAACAGGCAGUGGUCACUGGGUCUUACAUGUUUAGCUUGCCUGUCUGCUAGGACUGGCAUUUGUCAGGAACAGGGCCCAUCCUAAGUACCUUUAUCCACUACUACAAAAAUGACUUAUAUGAGGUACUUAGAAAGGGCCAAGCUGGGCAGGAUGUGUAAGGACAGUUUUAUCAGCUAGCAGACUGCGUGUGGGCUGGGGCUGUUCUGGCGUUGGGAGGGUCGCUGGGAGUGUCCAACUUUGGGGAAGAAGCAGAUGCAGGUGCCUUCAGUGUCCAGUGUGGAGGAACACUCACCUGGACUUGCAGUUGGGCUUUGAACAUCAAGAUCAAAGUAUCGGGUGCUGCACCUCUCAAAGCUGGUUUGAUUUGUCUCUGUGCCCACAAGAUUGUUCUGGCAACUGCCUGGGGCUUAUGUGUCAGACAAGUCAUUCUUGUGGGUACCAGGACAAGUGCCAGCAGCCUCCACAUUUCCACUGCCCACCUCUGGUCUGACCAGCUCUGUCUCACAAGCCCUUCCCAACCAGACAGCUGCAGGGUGGAGGAUGCUGAGGGGUUGGUCUGAGCUGGUACCAUUGCCAGCACAGCCUACAGGGUAAACCCAGAAUGUGCCAGGUUCCACAUCACCUCUUCAUGUUCUGCUGUGCACAGGCUAUAUCCGAGAAACCCUGUCUCCCCAAAAGCCACUGCUGGGAUGCUGGCCUCUGAGUUUUGAGCCAGAGUUGUCUCACUCUGAUGAUCCCUACCCUGAGCCUGCUGAGCUGCCCUCAGAAUGCCCAUAUGGGGAGGGGGACAUCUACUAUGGCUUCCAAAAAUCCCCACUAGUUGCUGUACCUAUUUCUCUGGAUACUGCUAGCCAAAGGGCUCAGGCUCCCCCUAGAGUGGCCUGCCCACGUAAUUUUCCCACUGCCACAGACCUUUCCAACCCAGGGUCCCUGGACGGCACAGUGCUGCUGGCACUUGUGGUGUAAUAAGUGGCCUGGGUGCGCGUCUUUCUCUUGUUGCUCUGGGGGUCCUGGGAGGAGUAGAGGUGGGUGGAGGUAGAAGUUUGUGGGGGAAAGGUAACCUUUGCCUACGUGUGGCUGUCUACAGGGUCUGCUCGCUUACCCUGCAGUGGAUGAGUUGUCCUGUGUUUCCCAUCCCCCCACCAUAUUCUAAUGUUAAAUCACUUGGCAAGAGUGUAUUUUAAUAAUGCCUAAUUCCUCUAUGUUCUGUCUGAAGGUUUCUGUCCAAAUAAAAUUGUCUUUUGAAAUUCA